UGUCUGAGCCCGUUUCGAUGCUCCGCCUUGUUAUUUAUUUAUUUCGUUUUCAUUUGUGGGGUAUAUUUUCAUAUAUCCAUAUAUCUCGGUUAUUGAAUGACAUUCGAUUCUGACACAUAUAUGCCUAAAAGCAAAGCCCUGAAAAUGGAUGAUCUGGACUACAUCCCAGCGGACUUGAGCCCGGAUGAGCGCUCUGAGCUGGAGGAGAUCCGGCGCAGGAAGGGAGCUCUGAUUCUGGAGAUCCAUAGACUGAAAGAAGAGCUGAGAGAAGCGAUUAUAGAGGUGGAGGGACUGGAGACCAGCACAGAGGGCAGCAAAACUUUACAGAAAAGUCGACAUGUGGCCAUGGGGAGGAAAAAAUUCAACAUGGACCCAAAAAAGGGCAUUGUAUUCCUAGUGGAGAAUGAGCUGCUCAGACACACUUCAGAGGACAUUGCUCAGUUUCUGUACAAAGGAGAAGGACUCAAUAAAACUGCAAUAGGAGACUAUCUUGGUGAAAGAGAUGACUUCAAUAUUAAAGUAUUGCAGGCCUUUGUUGAUCUUCAUGAAUUCACAGAUCUGAACUUGGUACAAGCACUUCGGCAGUUUCUGUGGAGUUUCCGGUUGCCAGGCGAGGCUCAGAAAAUUGACAGAAUGAUGGAGGCAUUUGCUCAGAGAUACUGCCACUGCAAUCCUGGAGUUUUCCAGAGCACAGACACCUGUUAUGUGCUGUCAUUUUCCAUCAUCAUGUUGAACACUAGUCUGCACAACCCAAAUGUGCGGGACAAGCCCACAGUGGAGCGCUUCAUCAGCAUGAACAGAGGCAUCAAUGAUGGGGGAGAUUUACCAGAGGAGCUGCUUAGAAAUCUAUAUGACAGCAUUAAGAACGAGCCCUUUAAGAUCCCAGAGGAUGAUGGGAAUGACCUGACACACACUUUCUUCAACCCUGACAGAGAGGGCUGGCUCCUCAAACUGGGAGGUCGCGUGAAAACAUGGAAGAGACGGUGGUUUAUUUUGACUGAUAACUGCCUUUAUUACUUCGAGUACACAACAGAUAAGGAGCCAAGAGGCAUCAUUCCAUUGGAGAACCUGAGUAUCCGUGAGGUUGAAGAUCCUAGGAAGCCAAACUGUUUUGAGCUGUACAUCCCUAAUAACCGUGGGCAGCCGAUUAAAGCUUGUAAGACUGAGGCUGAUGGGAGAGUUGUGGAGGGAAAUCACAUGGUGUACCGGAUCUCAGCCCCCACCCCAGAGGAAAAGGAUGAGUGGAUCCACAGCAUCAAGUCUGCUGUGAGUGUGGACCCCUUCUACGAAAUGCUUGCAGCCAGGAAGAAACGUAUUUCCCUCAAGAAAAAGGAAGCGCAACCUUGAAACAUCUUCAAUCCUCCCUUCUCCUUCCAUACUCUUACACAUCCUUUACUCCAGUAGAAGACAAACUCCCUCCAUUCUCAAACUCUUCCAUGUUUCAUUGAGGUAGCACUUUUCCUGUCACCAGAAGGAUCCGUUAUGCCUGUUUUAAGGAGAGAUGGAUGUCAUCAGGAAUUCAAUCUUUGGUCUGGCCUGCACAAUUACCCAUCUCUUACAUCCAUACUUCUAUACACUGUUAUUCAUAUCACACUAGUUUGUUCAGGCCUCCUUACUACAGUAUAUUAUACUGACAUUCCACCUGCAAACAUAACAUUCAGACUACUGCAGAAAUCUCCAUCCUGCAUCCCUUAAUGUAUAGAUCACCCAAAAAUGAAAAUUCUGUCAUUUGUACUCACCCUCAUGUUGUUACAAAGUGCUCUUUUCCAAAGACUUCCAGUAAGCUCCAGAAUGGACAUAAAACACCAAAAAGCAACAAAGUAUUUAAUAUUACUCAUGCACUAUAUUUAAAGUCUUCUGAAUUCAUACGAUAGCUUUGUUUGUGGAACGGACCAAAAUGUGUCUGGUCUAGCACGUUUGGUUUUAUGCAAUGCCAUUUGGGUGUCAUUGAUUUUGGUUUUGUCCUUUUUGGAGCUUGACAUCUGUGGUCACUAUGUAAUAACAACAGUAUUUCAACUGUCUAGAACAACACAAGGGUGAGUAAAUAAUGGCAGAAUUUACAUUUUGGGGUAAACCGUUUCGUUUUAAACUUUGUGCAAGGCACUGGCUUUCAUUGUUUGUCUCCUGUACACUACUUUUUACACACUACGUUCCUAUUCUGCACACUUCCUCACCUCUUUGUUAGUUCAUUACUUUGUACUUCCACAGUUACCUCUUUACAAUCAAUCUCACAUUUGGAGGCUUCUGACCACCGCUCUUGCUAUUUACAGCAUUGUACUGUGAAGUUCUUAAACCUUACAGGGUAGACGACCAAACAGCUUUAUGUUUUCUUCAUCAUUACCAUCAUCAGGGACAGAUCUAACAGCCUUUAGUUGAGUUGAGCUUCUCUAGCUUUGUAGACCGUGUUAUUGAUCUUGUAGGACAUUUUUCUCAUGCUGAAGACUUUUUAUUGUCUGGUCUAUUCAUCUGCUAGGUCUAUUCUGUCUGUCUUAGACUUGUUUGUCUAAACUGACAUGAUAUAAAUGAAGAUGAAAAUGAAGGUCAUUGAUAUUCAUACCACAUAUCAAUCUGAGAGUAAAAAACAUUCAUCUAAGAUCACCCAAAAAUGAAAUCUCAGUCAUUAUUUACUCAUCUCUGUGAUGUUAUAUAACCCUAUAUGACUUUCUUUCUUUUUUGUAACACAAAGUGAGAAAUUGUGAAAAAAUUGUGUGCUCAGUGAUGUCAUAGAUUUGCAGUUUAUGGUGACCACAUCUUCAAGCUUCAAAAGAUGAGUACAAAAGUAUAAUUCAGAUUUCUAAUAAAUUAUUUCAUGAGACUCAUGAUUGUUACAAAAACAUACAAUAAGGUUUAGUGAGAAUGAAACCGAAAUCGAAUGUAUUAUUUAGCAAAAAUGUUCACUGACCUUUGAUCCCUGUGCACAUUCAUUAUAGGGGCGUUCAAGCGAAAACUUGUUUUGUUUAUCUAAAGCCAGUUUCUUCACAGCGAUAGUGACAACAGAACGCAACACAGCUGCACACAGAGAAUAGAACUUACUAAACAUGUCUGAACAGUUUGUAGUUGAAGAAUUGAUGCAUUUCUAUAUACCCAGCUUUAUUUUAUAAUUGUUUUCAGAUUUUGAAUUCCAGUUCACAGCGGAUAACCACAUGAUGCUGAAAAUAGAAAAUGAGCGAUCGAUAGAAUGUACCGUCCCUCUUCACUGCUGGUUAGGACAAAACUCUGAUCACCAUAGAAAAGUUACCUUUUUGUCAUGUAUCAUUUGCCAGCAAGUUAGUACACUGUGUGAUUGUGGCUGCCUGUAACCUCCUCUAUGUUUCUGUUUGAUUUCCGAGUACUCCAUAGAAAAAAAAUAAGGCUGGGCAUAGAAAUGCAUAAAUUCUUCGACUUCAAACUCUUCAGAUAUGUUUAGUAAGUUCUGUUCUUUGUGUGCAGCGGUGUUGUGUUCUGUUGUCACUAUCGCUGUGGCACACCUGUUUUUAGAUGAACAAAACAAGUUUUUGCCCCAAUGUCACGAGUGGGCUGUGCUCUCGUGCCCUAUCAUGAACGUGCGCAAGAGAUUAACGGUCCGUGAAAAUUUUCACUAAAUAAUACAUUUGUUUUCAGAUUGUUUCUCAUCAAAACUUAUUGUAUGCUUUUAUAACAAUCAUGAGUCUUUUUGAAUAAUUUAUUACACUUCUGAAUUAUACUUUUGUGUUCUUUUGAAGCUUGAAGUGGUGGUCACCAUAAACUGCCAUUUUUGACAUCACUGAACACAAAAUUUUUCACAAUUUCUCCCUUUGUGUAAUGAAAAAGAAAGUAAUAUAGGAUUAUAAAAACACAGGGAUGAGUAAACGAGGACUACAUUUUCAUUUUUGGGUGAACUAUUACUUUAAGCAUAUCUGUUUACUUACGAGUUACGCAUUCAGUUCACUUUUAAAGUGUUCUGGGACAUAUCAUUAUUUUUUGUUUAACAGAAUAGGCCUAUAAUAAUAUUAGUUUUGUAGUUGGAUGGUGUAUCUGUAUGUGACCAAAAUGUUCUCUAGGAUGAAAAGCAAUGCUGGUAAAAUGUAUCCAUCAAGAUAUCUGUAGAAACUCACCUCAUUAAAUAAUGUCCCCCAUUUUUAAGAUGUUAAAAAAAUAGCCUUAACUCCCCACUGUCCUGUUUCUGAAUGUUCUUGCUAGUUUUUGAACUAAAAGUAGGCUUAUAAUUUGUCAACCACUUUGGCCACAAAACUGUUCUGGGGGAAUCUCACAGAAACAUGUCCUGGUCACAUUUGAGGUCAACCAUAUUAAAGUAAAAAACAAAAACACAGCCUACUUGGAACUGAUCAUUUUUUAUAUAUAUAUAUAUAUAUAUACUGUAUUGCAGUAAAAAAAAAUACAGUGAUAGUUUUUAUUUAACAAAAGAAUUAGCGUUCAUUGGGUUGAUUUAUUACUUGGACAUGUUCUUGGUUUCAUGAGAUUCAUCUUCUUAUCUGUAUCUAUUACAAACAUCAACAUUUGAUGCAUUUCAGAAUAUGUGUUUUCCAGGUCCGAUAAAGCCAUGUUUGCUGCUGUUUAUUCCAUGAACGAGACAUGAUAAAGAUGUUUAUUCAUUAUUUCUGAUCUACAAUAUGUGCCAGAGAUAGCAAUGACCUGUUGUUCUGUUUGUGUGAAACUCUAGUGUACUCCCUCUCACUCAGUGCUGUUUGAAGGAGUUCCAUGGCAGCUUUUUCCAAUGUACUUUAUAUUUAGCUUUUUUUUUUUGUUUGUAAAUACAUGUUGUUUUGUUUGUUUACAACACAAAUCGAUAUAAUUUAAUUUAUUCUAUUUUUUUUUGUAAAGAAAUAAGGAUCAGGGUUGCAUGUUGUACUGAAUCGAAGCAUCUUUUGUAAACGGUGAAUCUAAUAUCAAGAUUUUGAACACGUAAGUUGACUACUAGCGUUCCGUAUUUCUAAUUAACACAUGACCUUCUAGUUAAUAAAUUGUCAUUGCAGUUAUUAUACAGUCUAUAUGGUGAGCAUUGAGUAACAAUUAAAAUGUGUACUAUUCAAAACAAAAACAAUUUUUUUUUAAAUGCAGAUAAUUAUACGGAACACUAAUAGUGGUCUAUUUAAAUAUACUAAUAAGUGAAAACGUUAUAAAGGACAAAUGUUAACAGUGCAUUUUGCUUGACUUUUGUGAAGUGUUAUAGAAAUGGAUGUCUUUAUGACAUUUAGUACUUUGGAGUCCGUGUUUAUGGCACUUUAAUAGAGUUUAGCACAGUUCAAAAGCUCUCCAUGCAUAUGACCGUUUGAUUUCCUCUCCAGUGCCCUAUAUCAGUAUGUAAUUAAUUAUGCAGUUCUCAACUUUGUUCAUUCAAAGCAUCCAUAUCGAAUAAUUUGAAGUUAAUAUGCUUCACAUUGUAUUGUAUGCUAACCUACAUGCUAUAUAUGAGCCUAAAGACAGAUCUUAAGGAGCUCCAAGUGUUAAAUAGCAUCAACUGCUGACUGCAACAGUACAUUCUUAGAUAUGAUAUAAGCUAUGUGUUUCAACUAAUAGUUUGGGCAUGACAUGGUCUAAUGAAGACAGUAGAAUGACUCUAAAUGACUUAUAAAUGACUAAAUAUGGACUUUCUUUCUUGAUGAGAUGUGCAAAGGUGCCAAAAGUCAAUAGAAAUACAGUAGGACAAAUGAACGCAUUUCUUUCUCUUGACUAUUCUUUCUCCCUGUUUCUGAUUGGACAUAGAAAGGUUUGAUUUUUGGAAAAUGCUUCAUGUAGCAAAACAAAGACUCAGUUAUGGUACACUGGUGCCAAUCAGCUCUAAUAAACAAAAAGAUUUUUUAAAAAAAUACAUGUUUGUUGUUUAUCUAGGGAUCAGAACAUCAUUGAGACUUGUAAAUGGGCUCUUUUGGCUUGGGUCAGUAAGAAUCCACCCAUCUCAACCUAGUAACUGCAUAGAAAACCUUAAACUAAAUUUUAGAACACCUGAAAGUGUGUGGACUGCCACCCAAGAGACAUUAAAACCAGCAUGGUGUACCAUAAAUGCAAAACAAUCCAUCUGAAAGGUGCAUGCCAUCAUAACUACACACUACCAGUGAUGCACGAAUGCAUAAAGACAUAGCAUCAUUCUUUACUGUUCUUACUGUUUUUCUUUAUUGUUUACUGUUAGUUAUUUUUUUAUGCAUUUAUUGUUGUUCAUUAUUGCUUUGCACCUCACUGACUUGAAAAUGUUUGCAAAAUAAAUUUUUACUA